AAGCCUAGAAAUAUGUAUUUUUUUUUCUUAAACCACAAACAUGUGUUUAACAAGAUAAGAAAACUGAGUUCUGAUUUAGAAGAGAAUUACAAUUGUGUAGAGCUGAGGAAAAACAAUUACUCUCUCAUGUGGCUGCUUGUGGCUCAUCUUCUCAGCAAGUACAUGUGAGCAUUUUGAGAGGGGAAAUAAAACAUUUCUGCCACUUUUGCAAUUAAGUUUUGACUCUGAACUGAAUAAACAUGUUUUCUUUAAGUAUCUUUAAAUUUCAUGAACCCAUCGACAAAGUCUGUCAGCUUUACCUCCAAAAUGUCCCCCUGAAUCUGUCCAUUGCUUACCUCCCUGGUGGUCACCACCCCUGGGCCAGGCCACCAGGAUCUCAUGCCUGGACCCCUGCGGUGGACCAGGUUCCCUGCCCUGCCUCCUAGAGUCCCUACUCCACCCAGCAGCCAUUAUUUGAAAUGCAAAUGAAUCCCAUCAUUCUCCUGCCUAAAACUUUCCAGGUUUCCCAUCAUCUUUAGAAUCAAAUCCAGAUUCCUCCUUGGCUGUAAAAGAUGUGGCAGCCUUGUCCCAAACCACACUCCUCUUCCCUGCCUGUGACCUCCAGCCACACCAGCCUCCUUUUAGUACCUCAUUCUCUCCAAGCACAUUCCAGCCUCAGGGCCUUUGCUCUUGCUGUUCCCUCUGCCUGGAACACUGUUCCCUCACUGUGUUACAUGACAGGCUCCUUUGUGCCAUUUGGGUACCAGGUCUGACGUCACCUCCUCAGAGAAGCCUUCCCCAAUCACCCUGUCUAAAAAAGCCCUGCAAUGUUGUUUCCUAUCACAUCCUUGAUGAUUGUCCUCACACUUUUCACUAACUAAACUUAUCUUGUUAUGUAUUUUUUACCUGUUUAUUGUCUGUGUCUCCCAUUCAUCCCCAGGGUGAGCUCCAUAACGGCAUGAACUGGCUUAUCUUAUUCAUGGUGUAGAAGAGUGCUCAGAUGGGGUGCAUGAAGUCCAAAUUCCUCCAGGACAGAGGCAAGAUCUCAAAAACCGAGUCCAGCACCAACCCACACAGCCCUGUGUAUGUGCCAGAUCCCACGUCUGCAAGCAAGUGGCAUCCUGACAACAGCAACAACAACCCACCAGGGUCCACAGAUGCAGGUCCUGAUGACAUCGUUGUGAUUGCCCUUUAUGAUUAUGAGGCCAUUCACCAUGAAGACCUCAGUUUCCAGAAGGGAGAUCAGAUGGUGGUCCUGGAAGAGUCUGGGGAAUGGUGGAAGGCUCGAUCCCUGGCCACCCGGAAAGAAGGCUAUAUCCCAAGCAACUACGUUGCCCGCGUUGACUCUCUGGAGACAGAGGAGUGGUUCUUCAAGGACAUCAGCCGGAAGGAUGCAGAGCGCCAACUCCUGGCCCCGGGCAACGUGCUGGGCUCCUUCCUGAUCCGGGACAGCGAGACCACCAAAGGAAGCUACUCGUUGUCUGUGCGAGACUAUGACCCCCAGCACAGGGAAGCGGUGAAACAUUACAAGAUCCGGACCCUGGACGGUGGGGGCUUCUACAUCUCCCCACGGAGCACCUUCAGCACCCUGCAGGAGCUGGUGGCCCACUACAAGAAGGGGAGUGAUGGACUCUGCCAGAAGCUGACAAUGCCCUGCAUGUCCUCCAAGCCCCAGAAGCCGUGGGAGAAAGAUGCUUGGGAGAUACCCCGGGAAUCCCUCAAGCUGGAGAAGAAACUUGGAGCCGGGCAGUUUGGGGAAGUCUGGAUGGCCACCUACAACAAGCACACCAAGGUGGCUGUGAAGACGAUGAAGCCAGGGAGCAUGUCUGUGGAGGCCUUCCUGGCAGAGGCCAACCUGAUGAAGACUCUGCAGCAUGACAAGCUGGUGAAGCUGUAUGCAGUGGUCACAGAGGAACCCAUCUACAUCAUCACGGAGUUCAUGGCCAAAGGAAGCCUGCUGGACUUCCUGAAAAGUGCGGAGGGCAGCAAGCAGCCGUUGCCCAAGCUCAUUGACUUCUCAGCCCAGAUUGCAGAAGGCAUGGCCUUCAUCGAGCAGAGGAACUACAUUCACCGAGACCUCAGAGCCGCCAAUAUCCUGGUCUCUGCGUCCCUGGUGUGUAAGAUCGCCGACUUUGGCCUGGCACGUGUCAUCGAGGACAACGCGUACAUGGCUCGGGAAGGGGCCAAGUUCCCCAUCAAGUGGACAGCCCCUGAAGCCAUCAACUUUGGCUCUUUCACCAUCAAGUCAGACGUCUGGUCCUUUGGUAUUCUGCUGAUGGAGAUCAUCACCUAUGGCCGGAUCCCUUACCCAGGGAUGACAAACCCUGAGGUGAUCCGGGCACUGGAGCAUGGAUACCGCAUGCCUCGACCAGAGCACUGCCCUGAGGAGCUCUACAAAAUGAUGACACGCUGCUGGAAGAACCGCCCUGAGGAGCGGCCCACCUUCGAAUAUAUCCAGAGUGUGCUGGACGACUUCUACACGGCCACUGAGAGCCAGUACCAACAGCAGCCGUGAUGGGCAGACCCGGGCGGGGUCUAAGAGGUGCCUCCAGCGCCACCUGCCUGGUGCCGGCUCACCCUUCCCAGUCCCAGACACCACCCACCCCCAGUUCCAGCCACAGUUCCUCAUCUGUCAAGGGGCUGAACCGGAACAAUCUCUUUUUGACUCCAGCAAUCUACAAUCCGCCCCCCUCAGGAGACCCCAAGUUGAUAUUUCUAUUGCCUGGGACAGCUGGAUUCCAGUUGCAGCUGUGGUUUGGAUGAGAAACUUUAAAAAUAAUGCAAUAAAUAUUUAAAUAAAAGAUACAAAUGCUAAAGGCUUUA